AUGAAACAAGCAAUAACUUUUGAGAUGCUGCCAGCUGUUGAUGCCGCUUUAGCGGCUGGCUAUCGCUUGUUCGACACGGCUAAGUUUUACUUCAACGAAGCAGAGCUCGGACAAGCUCUUGAGAUAUGCCUUCCAAACCAUAAUCUUCGGCGGGAAGAUGUCUUCAUAACUACAAAGCUAUAUCCAAGUGGUAGCAACAAUUUUCUCGCAGAAAUAGAGAGCACUGUCGAAGAAUCCCUCCAUAAUCUUCGCACUGACUAUAUAGAUCUGGUGCUUAUUCAUUUUCCAAAGACGAAAGAAACGAAACUGGAUGAUCCCAAAAAUGCCAUCCAUCGAAGAAAUGCCUAUUUGGCUCUGGAAAAACUGAAAUUGUCUGAUAAGAUUCACUCUGUUGGGGUAUCCAACUACGAAAUACGUCAUUUAGAGGAAAUAAAAAAAUACGGCCAGAACAUGCCAGCUGUGAAUCAAGUGGAGUACCAUCCUCACUUCACGCGAGAUGAACUGAAGGACUACUGUGACAACAAUGGUAUUUUCUUCCAGGCAUAUUCAUCAUUAGCACGUCAAAACGAAGAUCUUCUCGAGCACGAAAUUGUCUCGAAAUUGGCCGAGAAAUACAACACUUCAGCGCAGGUCAGUCUGUCAACUAAUGUUUAA